AUGACUGCCAACGCCGUAGUCCAGCUCUUCUCGAAAGGGACCAAAACUUCGCAGCAAUGGCAAGAGACAACAGCGCAGGACCAAGGAAGCUUUUUCUGUUCAUUUGAGGCUACAAUUUCAACGGCAGAGGCGAGUCUGACACUGCUUGGGUGCCACCAAAAGCGAACACGAUCCGAUAUCCAUGCUAUCGAGACCGCAGACGGCGUCGAAGUCAUCAUCCAACCACUCGAACUAUACCGCCUCCACCAGCAGCCCGGUCUGGCCGUCUUCGACAUGGACAGCACGCUCAUCCAACAAGAAGUCAUCGACGAGCUUGCACGCUCCGUAGGCCGGUACGACAAAGUCGCCGCAGUGACCGAAGCAGCUAUGCGUGGCGAACUGGACUUUGAAGCCUCCUUACGAGCACGAGUCGCGGAGCUCAAAGGCGUCUCCACUGACAUCUGGGACAAGCUGAAAGCGGAAGUUAUCACAUUCACGCCCGGAGCACGAGAGCUGGUGCAGUUUCUUAGGCAACGAGGCUGGAAGACCGCGGUGCUUAGCGGAGGUUUCAAACCGCUUGCUGACUGGGUCAAGGAUACGCUUGGCCUGGACUACGCUUUCGCAAAUCAAUUAGCCGUCGACGAGGCUACUGGCACUCUGAGCGGCGAGGUUCUGUCCGGCACGCUCGUCGUUGGUGCGGCGUUGAAGAAGGAACUACUUUUGCAGCUCGCCAUUCAAAACGACAUCCCAAUCGAACGGACGAUUGCGGUGGGAGAUGGAAGCAAUGACUUGCUCAUGAUGGGUGCGGCGGGUUUGGGGAUCGCGUUUAAUGCGAAGCCGAAGGUGCAGGAGGCGGCGCCUGUGAGGCUCAAUACGAGCACACUGCUGGAUAUUGCGUAUAUUUUGGGCUUCUCGAAGCAGGGUGUUAAUGAGAUUUUGACCACAGACGAUCCUUGA